AUGGCCCACCAUGGCAUUGGCAGGAAUCCUCGACUGACCAGGUUGAUGAAGAAGCGGGGCCGCGUGGCGGCCCAUAGCACUCCUAUUAUCGCACACCACCCAAUCCCAACCGGCUCGGGCUCGGAAGACGGUCAUGUGUCUGACCGCGCAUCGCAGGAUGAUACAAGACGCGGCACCGGGCAUGAGGGGGCUCCAAUAUUCGAAAAACAUCAGGAUAUAGCCAGUUCUGAAGACCUCGCAAAAGUGUGGGCUACAGUGGUGAAUGUGAUCGAUGACGAUUCUUAUACUUCCACACAGUCAGCAGAGGUGACGCUAGCCUCAUCUCACGCAUGGCUCGAUGGAUCCGCUACUGCAUUUCCGGGAUACACUUCCCUCACGGCGGAUACGCCUAGUUUAACCAGCAGCUCGCAGUCGAUGGCUUCUGCUGCGUCAUCUGCUUACUCCGCCAUGACCUCUCGUCCGCUGAUUAAUUCCUCCCUGCCUACCCCAUCAUCGACUUCUCUAACGCCUACCGCCAGUGCAUCAGGAUCAGGACUUUCGAGUUCGUUAUCUUCAGCGACUACGAGUGCGAGUCUCGUUACUAGGUCAAGCACAAAAACUACCUCUUUACCCACUUCGUCUUCCAGUCCGUCCUUUUCCUCGUCAUUCAGUUCCUCAACAACGUCCAGUACUACCACGACUUCCGAUUCAUCCAGUUAUAGUGGUUGGGUUGGCGGUGGUUACGGAGGUGGAGGAGGAUCUCAGACUGGCAGUGGACAAAAUCCUACAUCGACUGAUACCGACCCGAAUCAGAACUCUUCUGGCGCACCUGGGCCUGCUACCACGGGAAAGAUCGUGGGUGGUGUAGUUGGUAGUGUGGCUGGUGCCGUGAUGCUGGUGAUCCUUGCUCUCUUUUUCUUGAAGCGUAGGGCAAGCAUGCGUAAAUCUCAGCAGGCUCUUCCGUCGACAGAAGGAGCUGGGACUGGGGCUGGAGGGAAUGCAGCUGGAGGGGUUGGAUCUGCUGGAAUGACGUCGCGUCCUGAUUCGCUAUUGACAGCGACGUACUUUGCGCCGGCAUUUAUGAAGCGAUGGAGGCAAUCUACCAUGACCACGAAUACCGACAGCACGCUUGUAUCCAGUGGUAGCGAGCGAGGAUUCCAAAAGAUUUCCGGUAGAAAGAUCCCAUCCGUGCUAACGCAUGGCGGUGACGGUUUUGGAGGUGGAUAUGACACCGGGUCACCAACACUAUCGGAACCAAGCAUGACGACGGCAGUUCCUGGGUCGCCCGUGAAUCCACGUUCACCUUUAACGCAACCCCCACCAUCGACACCAUUCGGCAUGCCGUUGGACGUGAGUUAUACUCGGGAAGCCGAAGAGAACGAUUCGGCCAUGUAUAUGCGUGCAUCACCAGCCCGAACACCCGUUACAAGUACCGCCAGCAUGUCAUCUGUCAGCGCCCCAAUAAACAUACCCCGCCAAUCCCAUAGUUCGUUAUCGCCCAUCCCGCAACGACCGGAUACAUUAGGUCGAAGCCAUCCAAGCUUCGACGGGAGUCGGGGAAGUCGGUUUACAGAAAGUUUGUGA